AUGGUUGGACUGCAUUGCACAUUGCUGCUCACGAGGGUCAUCCCAAUGUCACCAAAUAUCUUAUCAGGCAAGGAGCUCAGUCAAGGAGCUGAGGUGAACAAGGGUAAUGAUGGAGGUUGGACUGCCUUAUUCAGCGCUGCUCAGAAUGGUCACCUUACUGUUACCAACUAUCUGAUCAGUCAAGGAGCUGAGGUAAAUAAGAGAGACGAUGAAGGUUGGACUGCAUUACACAGUGCUGCUUUCGUUGGACAUCUUGAUGUUACAGAUUGUCUUAUCAGUCAAGGAGCUAAGGUGAUUGAGAAAGAUACUGUCGGUAGGAUUGCAUUACAUCUUGCUGCUCAGGAGGGCCAUCUUGAUGUUAUCAAAUAUCUGAUCAGUCGAGAAGCUGACGUCGAUACGAUUGUCUUAUCAGUCAAGGAGCUAAGCGAAGGAGCAGAGGUAAACAGGGGAACUUGUGAGGGUUGGACUGCAUUAGACAUUGCUGCUCAAAAUGUCCAUAUUGAUGUCACUAAAUAUCUGAUCAGUAAAGGAGCCGAGGUGAACAAGAGAGAUAAAAAUGGUCGGACUGCAUUACACCGUGCCGCUCAGAAGAGUGAUCUUGAUGUCACCAGUCAAGGAGCUCAUGUGAAUACGGGAAAUAAUGAGGGUGUGACUGCAUUACAUCGUGCCGCUCAGGAGGGUCAUCUUAAUGUUACCAAAUUCCUGAUCAGUCAAGAGGCUCAGGUGAAUAUAGGAGACGAUCAUGGUAGAACUGCUUUAUUCAAUGCUGCUCAGAGUGGUCAUCUUGAUGUCACCAAAUAUCUCAUUAGCGAAGGAGCAGAUGUGAACAAGGGGGAUUUCAAGGAGCUGAGGUCAAUAAGAGAGAUAAGGGCGGUAGGACUGCAUUAUCCAGUGCUGCUCAGAAUGGUCAUCUUGAUGUCACCAAAUAUCUGGUCAGUCAAGAGGCUCAGUCAAGGAGCUCAGGUGAAUACGGGGAAUAAUGCGGGUGUGACUGCAUUACACCGUGCCGCUCAGGAGGGUCAUCUUAAUGUUACCAAAUUCCUGAUCAGUCAAGAGGCUCAGGUGAAUAUGGGAGACGAUCACGGUAGAACUGCUUUAUUCAAUGCUGCUCAGAGUGGUCAUCUUGAUGUCACCAAUUAUCUCAUUAGCGAAGGAGCAGAGGUAAACAGGGGAAAUUGUGAGGGUUCGACUGCAUUAUUUGGUGCUUCCAAGAAUGGUCAUCUCGAUGUUACCAAAUUUCUCAUCAGUCACGGAGCUGAGUCAAGGAGCUAA